AUGGAAAAAUCUCAGGAUGAAAAGAAAAACGAGAACUAUGACUCACUCGAAUCUAGUUGUGAUCUCUCUUUGUCAACAAACUCAUCUGUUCAAUAUUCACAACAACAAUUUACAACUAAAUAUCAGCCGUUAAGUACAUUGAAUGAAGAUUUAAAUACAAAUAAUGUUUUUCAUCGUCGAUCACUUCAACAUUCAUUUAUCAAUCUAGAACAAAAUUAUUCCGAAGAAAAUACUGCUAGCCAUAACAGAUACGAACAACCAUAUCGUUCAGCUUUGCUUUAUGAGGAACCCGAAAAAAUGAUUAAAAGCUCUAGCGAAAGUUCACAUUUAGAUACAUUAAAUGAAUUUCAUCAACACACAAAUAUCCAUAGAAAUGAAACUAUUCAACCGUAUCGAUCGUUAAAUGAUGUAACUAAUAAAACUCAACGAUCUAAACUUAAAAUAAGUCAAAAACCAAUUGUAUCAACAUCAAAAAAAUUAAGAAAUAGAAAUAAAUUAAAUAUUCUUGUUGAAUCAUUAAUGUCAUCAUCAACAUCGUUCGUUUCGCUGAAUGAUGAACAAAAUCAUUCAACUACAAAUAUGACGAAUAGUUCAAGUAAUCAAACAGUAUCUCACUCCAAUCAAUCAUUUUAUGAACAAAUAAAAUCAAAAGCAAGAACACCACUUAAUAAUCAUUAUCCAAAUCAAGAACAAAUAAAAGCACAUAUUAAUAGAUCAGUUAUUGACCGCCAACAUCAAUCUUAUUUAACAAUGUCACAAGGAAAAUAUGUCAUACAUAAAAUGGCGUCGUUGAAUAAUUCAAAAUUACAAUUUAAUAAUCAUUUAUUGAGACAAGAAAAACAAUCGACUACAAGAUUUUAUCCAAUAUCAUCGGAGCAAAUCAAGCAACCUUUACCAACUUUGUCCAAUGAAGAAAUUAUUGAUUAUUUUAAAGAAAAAUGGAAUCGUAAGAAGAAACAACAAUUGAAUAAUAUUGAUCAAUGGCAACAGGAUUCUCAAAAAGAACAAAGUCAAGUCAACACAAAACACACUGAGAAACCGUUAAAAACAAGUCGAAACUCCGAAAAUUCGCCAAAUCAAACAGAUCAUUUUCUUUUAAACUCUUCUCAUCACCAUCAUUAUCAUCAUCAUCAUCAUGAACAUGUUAAUGAUCGUAAUAGCGAUCAACGACGAACGAUCACUAAUAAUUUCUUUACUCAUGAAACAGAUCAUAAAGUUCAACACAAUCAUUCACGAAAUGUAAAUUUUAAAGGAAAAACCAAUAGUGAUUUCAACCGACGAACACAGCCAAUUGAAUCAGUAUAUCAAUCGAAAUCCAUUGGACUUAUUUUGCAAACUAAAAAUCCAACAAUGUAUCGAAAUAUUGAGUCCGAAUCUGAAUAUUUUACUGGAAAUACCAUUGCUCCCAUUCAAUAUCGUACCACUAAAGUAAUUCGUAUGCCCAACAUAAAUUCUCAAACUGAAAAAAACGACCAGCUUUAUCAAAGAGAAAAGUUACCAUCGAAAUCUUUGAAUAGUUUAUCACGAACUAUUCGAAUUGAAGCAAGGAAUACAAACGAUAUUUCACCGGCAAUAGAAGCUAAUCGAUUUGAUAACCAAUCAAAAAAGAGCUCGCUACAACUUCACAAAACACAAAAAAACUCAAAUAAAAUUUUCAAAACAAGACCACUAACAUCCUGGUCGAUUCUAUCAGACCAUCAAAUACACGAACAACAAUCUAAUCCUUACGAAUCAUCACCAUCGAUGGCUAGUCACGAGUUAAUGGAUCAUCAGUUAAGUAAGAAUUAUGAAAUGAUUGCCACCGAUGAUCAACAAGAUUUUCAUCGAAGAUACAUUAAUCCUGCCGAUAAUUCACAACAUUCUUUAUUUCACGAUUAUUCUUCGCAGAGAUCUUCUCAUGGCACAUAUCCAUGUGUUAAUACAUCUGAUUCUAAUAAUCGAAAAGAUCCUGUUAUUCAAAACUCACCAAAUCAACUAAAUACAUCCAACCUGAUUGUAAAUCGUGAAAAUUCUUCAUUCUUUCCGUUGGAUCAUUUGUCUGCGACGGAUCGAUUAUCGUUACCAUCAGAAAAAGUGAGAAUAACAACACAAGAAGAUAAUUUAUCGGUGAACUACAAUAGUGAUGGUAGUUGGAAUGAUGAUGGCUGGAGUGACGAUUCAGCUGAAUUUAUAUAUGUUGAUGAUCGCUAUGAAGUACAAAAGUAA